AUGUCGUGGGCCAAGCACAAGAAGAUCCUGGCCAUGGCUAAGGGCUACCGUGGCCGUGCCAACUCUUGCUACCGCACGGCCAUCAAUCGUGUCGAGAAAGGUCUGCAAUACCAGUACCGGGACCGCAAACAGAAAAAACGCGACAUGCGCUCGUUGUGGAUCCAGAAGAUUAAUGCCGGCGCGCGCCAGGAAGGACUGUCGUACUCGAAACUUUACGGCAAGAUGAAUGGCUCGGGCAUCGAGCUGAACCGCAAGGUGCUGGCGGACAUGGCUGCCACGGAGCCUUUCAGCUUUAAGUCGGUACUGGAAGUUGUCAAGCACAUGGAGGGUGUUACCAGGAUCUAA